AUGGACCGACAGGACCGACACCACCGAAGAGGUGGAAGACAUGACAGGGAGAGGUCUCCGCACGAAGAGUCCAAACUGUCUUUACAUGAGUUGAGAGAUCGCGCCAAACGUGAACAGAGAGAUGGCCGACACGGACACAGACACACCACUGAUGGCCACAGACAUGACGGCCAACGACCCGAACGCCACUUCGAUGACCACAACAGACGCCCCAGAGAUAGGGAUUACGACAGAAGACGUGACGACAACUAUGAAUCCAACGACAGGAAUAGGGAUUCAUUGAAACGAAACGAUGAGUUUUGGUCCAAAGAGUCGAAAGAGAAGACGAGAAGUGAUGACAAAAGUGAUGACAAAAGUGUGGUAAAAGAGAAGGAGAAGCCGAACCUCUUGACGACCGGGAAGUUGGCUGAAGACACGAACACAUUCAACGGCGUUGUCAUCAAAUACAACGAACCGCCCGAAGCGCGCAAACCGAAGAGGAGAUGGCGUUUGUAUCCAUUCAAAGGGGAACAGUCUCUGGACUUCAUACCAGUGCACCGACAGAGCGCUUACCUCUUGGGUAGAGACCGGAAGGUGGCCGACAUUCCCAUUGAUCACCCGAGUUGUUCCAAACAGCAUUCGGUGCUCCAGUUCCGGCUCAUUGAAUACAAACGAGAGGACGAGUCGGUGGGCAAACGGCUCAGACCUUACAUCAUAGAUCUCGAGUCCUCUAACGGCACGUAUGUUAAUAACCAGAGGAUUGACUCCAAGUGUUAUUACGAACUCUUCGAGAAGGAUGUCAUCAAAUUCGGCUUCAGUUCCCGAGAGUAUGUCGUUCUUCACGAGCUAUCAAAGGAUGAAUCCGAAGACGACGACGUUAUCGCUGAAGAAACUACUGUUAAAAGUGAACCAAAAGACUGA